AUUAAAGCUUUUUUUUAGAUUUUAACUUUCAACAACCAAUUCAAUUACCCUCCAGAAUGAUGCCAUCAACGAAUCCACCCAUGACUGCAGGAGAAUUCCUAGAGGAAUACAUUGAGAGUCUCGAGAACUUACCAUCCGAGGUCCAGCAAGGUUUACAAGAAUUAGGAAAGCAAGAUGCGGAAUACUUCGAACUUCGAGAGUCAUAUCGUACACACUGGAAAAGAUACAUUAAAAGCGCUAAACGAUCAACCAUACCUGUCAGUGAGGAUCCUGCCCUAGUUGCUGCACGUUUGAACAUUGAGAAAGAAUAUAUGGCAGCUAUCCGGAAAGUCGACCAGAAGAUUGAAAAUAGCGCAAAGCUAUAUGAACUGAUCAAUCGACAAAUUGUACGACUGGAUGAAGAAACACAACGACUUGGCAUUGAUCUUCAGGAUCCUGGCGAAGUGAAGAAAGCAGCCCACUUGGACACUCCUACAGCCACCAGAGACCGUAAAAGUCAAAAGGGACCUAUUUCAGCACCCCGCAGCAGCCCCAGCGGGAGGAAGCGUGGAAGUGGUGCCAUUGCAAUGGAUAUUGAUCCCAAUGAACCCCUCUAUUGCUUCUGCCAACAAGUUUCGUUCGGAGACAUGGUCGGAUGCGACAACGACUCGUGUGACAAGGAGUGGUUUCAUUACGGUUGUGUGGGCUUGACAGAGCCGCCAAUCGGCAAGUGGUACUGCGCCACUUGUUCAGCGAACAUGAAAAACCAGAAUCGCAAGUAGAAAGAGGUUUUCCUUUCUCAAUUGCUGCAGAUCUUUAUCACAUCAUUUGUAC